AUGGGUGCAGUGGUGGGCACUUUGACCAUGCAAACCAAGCAGAGGAGACCAUCCAGAGAUAAACUAGACGAUGAGCUUGAGAUGACGACGGUGUGUCACAGGCCAGAGGGUCUUGACCAACUGGAAGCCCAAACUAACUUCAGCAAGCAGGAGCUGCAGAUCCUCUAUCGUGGAUUCAAGAAUGAAUGUCCAAGUGGGGUUGUAGAUGAGGAGACAUUUAAACACAUUUACGCACAGUUCUUCCCUCAUGGAGAUGCAAGCAUGUACGCACAUUAUCUUUUCAAUGCAUUUGACACUACAAACAAUGGCUCCAUUAAGUUUAAGGACUUUGUAAUGGGUUUGUCUAUACUGCUGCGAGGAACACUGAGAGAAAAGCUUGAGUGGACGUUUCACCUUUAUGACAUCAACAAAGAUGGCUACAUAAACAGAGAGGAAAUGACUGAGAUUGUGAGGGCCAUUUAUGACAUGAUGGGCAAGUACACCUACCCGGCAAUAAAAGGGGACGUCCCGCAGCAGCAUGUGGACGCCUUUUUCCAGAAAAUGGAUAAAAACAAAGAUGGAGUGGUGACAUUAGAGGAGUUUAUUAUAGCCUGCCAGGAGGAUGAAACCAUGAUGAAUUCCAUGCAGCUGUUCGAAAACGUGAUGUAGGACAAGAGGAGAUGAUGGAGACAAAGAAGUGGAAAAAUCAGAGGGCUUGGUGUGAGUGCCUAUGUGUGGAUGCAUGCAUGUGCAAUACAUCCAGUCCCUCCUCCUCUCCCCAUCUUAUCCAGCUGUGGUCAGGACACAGUCAGAUUCCCCAAUGACUUGAAAGAAGGGACUGGGCUGGGAUGCUUUAAGCCUUCCUGCAGAGUGACUGAUGUGACAGACAUGGACGUAAAAGACAUCACUCUCAGUCCUGUCUUGAAGAUUGGCCUGUUAAAGAUUAAGAUGCUCCUACAUUUCAAAGCUGCUCCCGACCAGCAAAGAGCUAUCGUUCAACCAGCGGGAACUUUCUUUUUUUUCUCACCAAAAGAGGUUAACUUUUUUGCCUAAAUAUAACUGCAUGCUUUUGCAAGAGGUUUUGAUUUAUCUCCAAACAUUUGUCAAGUUUGUUACGGGAAUCUGGCCAUAAGGACUUUUAUAUGUAUCUCAAGCAUCACUGUUGCAGUGACCACUGUACAUUUGUGUUGACCUGGCUGUCGCUUGCCUGCUAAGUCUGUCCCAUGCUUGUUGGAACUAAGGUUUUAGUGAAAAGAAAGAGGAAAUCAAAUCAUUUUUUAUUCUUCAUUAUUUCCACCUGCUGCUUUUCUUCUUGUGGUCAAAUUGAUGUUGUCAAAAUGUAAAAAAAUAUAGUGAAAAAUUUGCAGACAUUUUGGAUUUUGUGAUUAAGUGCCCACAAAACAGAGAUGAUGAAUAAUAAUCAGGAAGAGGUUUGUAAUCAUCAAACCAAUAUCUUUAUUUGCA